AUGCUGAUGGAUGGCAUGCUGCAGGGUGCUGAGAGUCCCCAAAACGAUGGCUUCGGUGAGUUUAAACGUACGCUUGAAUUUGUGCACUGCACUCUGGCUUGGCUUAUACGUGUGUUUUCGAUGGUGUCAGUGGAUUGGAGAUCUCUCAAGCAAAAUCAAGACCAUGAUCAUGAUGGCAACGGAGUAAUGCCAGCGAAGCACACACUCGAGCUUGUUCUUGAUACACUGCAGAGGAGAGAUACAUAUGAGAUAUUUGCUCAACCAGUUGAUCCUAAUCAGGUUGAGAAUUAUUACGAGAUCGUUAAAGAGCCUAUGGACUUUGGCACAAUGAGGGCUAAACUCCAUGAAGGGAUGUACCAAAAUCUUCAACAAUUCAAGGUUUGCUUCGCUUUGCUUCAUGUUUCAUGA